AUGGACCAAGGCGCGGCGGCGACACUGCCGGAAAAACCGUCGGAAGAAGAGUUCAGUCUCGCCCUCCGCAACGGCCUGAUUCUCUGCAACGUCCUCAACAAAGUCAAUCCCGGUUCGGUUCUCAAGGUGGUGGAGAAUCCUGUGACGCUAGCUAUUCAGUAUGCGGAUGGAGCGGCUCAAUCCGCCAUUCAGUAUUUCGAGAACAUGAGGAACUUUCUUAAAGCUGUUGAGGAUAUGCAGCUUUUAUCUUUUGGAGCUUCUGAUCUCGAAAAGGGAGGCUCGUCGAACAAAGUAGUAGAUUGCAUUUUGUGUUUGAAAGGGUUUUAUGAGUGGAAACAAGCAGGAGGGGUUGGAGUAUGGAGGUAUGGAGGGACUGUGAGGAUAGUCUCUUUGCAUCCAAAAGGCUCUACACCACAGUAUGUGCUUGGUAGUGAAACCAACACCGACGAGUCUGUCUCUUUGGACGAAUCUGAGUCUUCUCAGUAUGACCAGCUUUUGGAUUUUCUUCACCUUUCUAAUGAGAUCUCAACUGAGGAAUCUGAAACUGCAAUCUCCAUGGCCUUUCUUUUUGAUCAUUUUGCGCUUCAGCUACUAAAUGCUUACCUCAAGGAGAUUGAUGGAAUCAACAAUCUGCCUUUAAAUGAAAUGGUGAUCGAUACCUUGCUCAACAGGGUGGUUAAGGAUUUCUCUGCAAUACUAGUUUCUCAGGGGACUCAGCUAGGUUCGUUUCUAAAGAAGAUUCUGAAAUGUGAUAACGGGGAUCUAUCAAGAUCAGAGUUUUUAGAAGCAGUCUACAGAUAUCUUCACCACAGAAAAGAUUUGGUGUCAAAGGAGUUUUCAAAGUUUUGCAAAUGUGGCGGAAAGCCUGAGUUUAUUACUGGACCAAGCAUCCGCGAGUUUUCACCUAGUCAUGCAGGAGCUAUUGAUCUUCAACAGAAAGAGCUACAGGAAGUUAAAUCAAAUUUUGUGGAAGCAAGAUGCCAAAUUAAACUGAUGCAGUCAGAAUGGCAGGACGAGAUUCAAAGGAUAGUCCAUCACGUUAAGGCCAUGGAAGUUACUUCUUCUUCUUACCACAAGGUUCUCGAGGAAAAUCGCUUACUUUACAAUGAGGUCCAAGAUCUUAAAGGGACCAUAAGAGUCUACUGCAGAGUCAGACCUUUCUUACCAGGACAAAAAGAUGUGCAAUCAACUGUGGAUUAUAUUGGAGAAAAUGGUAAUAUUAUGAUUGUCAAUCCUUUUAAGCAGGAAAAAGAUGCACGAAAAGUCUUUGCCUUCAACAAAGUAUUUGGACAGAACGUCUCACAAGAACAAAUAUACACCGACACUCAACCUGUAAUAAGGUCCGUCCUUGAUGGAUUCAAUGUUUGCAUCUUUGCGUACGGGCAAACUGGUUCAGGGAAAACAUAUACGAUGAGUGGGCCAGAUCUGAUGACUGAGACAACUUGGGGCGUGAACUACCGAGCACUACGUGAUCUUUUCCAUAUUUCAAAUGCAAGAACGCAUGUGGUGACUUAUGAAAUCGGAGUACAAAUGAUUGAAAUAUACAAUGAACAACUUCUCACAUUAGACAUACGCAAUAAUUCUCAACUCAAUGGCCUUAAUGUACCUGACGCAAGCCUGGUUCCAGUUUCUAGUACACGAGAUGUUCUUGAUUUGAUGAGGAUUGGCCAAAAGAAUCGCGCAGUGGGCGCCACAGCUUUGAAUGAGAGGAGCAGCCGCUCUCAUAGUGUCUUAACGGUUCAUGUCCAAGGAAAAGAGUUGGCCUCGGGAUCCAUUUUAAGAGGUUGCCUUCAUCUAGUGGAUUUGGCUGGAAGUGAAAGAGUAGAAAAAUCUGAAGCUGUGGGUGAGAGACUCAAAGAAGCUCAACAUAUAAACAAAUCGUUGUCUGCACUAGGAGAUGUCAUCUCAGCACUUGCACAAAAGAGUUCCCACGUUCCUUACAGAAAUAGCAAGCUUACACAAGUUCUGCAGGAUUCUUUAGGUGGACAAGCCAAAACGUUAAUGUUUGUGCAUAUUAACCCUGAAGUUAACGCGGUAGGAGAGACUAUAAGCACCCUCAAGUUUGCACAAAGGGUUGCGUCCAUUGAACUUGGAGCAGCUCGAUCAAACAAGGAAACUGGUGAAAUUCGAGAUCUUAAAGAUGAGAUUUCCAGCCUUAAAUCUUCAUUGGAGAAGAAGGAAGCAGAGCUGGAGCAAUUGCGAGCAGGUAGCAUCCUCCGGAACACGACUGAAUGUCAGAAAGCAAGAGCAGUUUCUCCUUUCCAUCUCCCAAGAACAAAGGCUGAGGCAAGUCCACAGCCAAAUGAAACCUACGAGAUCAGAAGUUGCUCAACUGGCAAGCAGAGAAAGUCAGGUUUUCCAUCUGCACUGAGAAACAGAGAAGCAAGCCCAAAGAUGCCGAAUGUAGCAGAAGAGAGGCUAAAUCCGAGAUCGCCAUCUCCUCCGAGUAGGAGGUCAUUAUCCACGGAUAGAGGAUCUUCCAUCAAAAGCAGGAAUAAGCCUGACGCCACUACUCAAAACCUUCCGGUUUCAAGAACACCUUUUCCAGCUAGAGUACAAGUAGCCAAAUCCUUUUCAACUGUCCCAUUGAACCCAUCAGCUGAAAACAGGCUUCGUAUAGAUCCUCGUGAUAACAACUCAGAGACAUUGCAAAAUCAUCACAAGUUUAGUGCUCGAAAGCUCUUCCCUGAGAUUGAGGAGCAACAUAUGAGGCAUGCACUUAACAUACGUGAAGGUAGUGUUAAGAAGACCAAAGCCGAAAGCAGUAAAGCCAAGCAGGCAAAGCAACCAUCACCAGCUAGGUUUCAGAAACUCGAUGUUGGGAUCAGUUUGCGUUCUGAGGUGGAUUCUGAAACAAAGGUCGGAAGUUACCAGACCCAGAAGGGGAACAACCACAAUGUGAUUCACUCAAGAUUCCAAAACUUCGACGUGGGUAUCAGCUUGUUCUCUGAUCUCUGUGCCGGUGACAAAUCAGAUUCAACACUCAAGAGUGAUUCAUCAGAGACAGACAACGAGCAUAUACUCUUUGAACCACCCUUGAAACUGAAGAACGCUCAAAGAAACCUCUCCAGAAACUCCCAAAACCACAAACCAAGGGAAAUCUAUGCUCAUGAGGAAACUUCACUCGAGGACGACAAGCCUUCAAAUGAUACAGCCCAUACGAAAGAAGGUAAUAGUAAUGUAUCUGUCCCUGAGUUCAAGAGAAGUCGUUCAACCAAUCGUGUAAGGUUUAUACCAUAG